CGGAAGGCUCAUGGUAUGAACCACCCUACUCCCGUGACUACACUCUGUUUGCUGAAGAACAAAUUGAAGCAACAAGGUGGCAAUUCGAGAAAGAUCAAAACUUCUCGAAUCAGUCCGGAAGGAAAAGGAGUUCGAAAGGAGAUUACGUGAAGAAUCAGAAAGGAUGCAGAAAAUGCUGGACGACUUCCAAAGAGAGAGACUAGAAGCCGAGGCUAAAGCUGAUGAAUUAGUCAAUGAUCUUUGUAAGGCUAUUGAGCUUAAACGCUCCCUCCAAUCUCAAGAUCAAAUGAGGGAGAUUAAUGCUCAAAAAGAGGCUCUAGAACCUAAGACCAACCCUGAACCAUCCAACCAUCAGGUUCCAGUUCUAGAAGAUUCAUCCAGACCAACACUACCACAGAACCCCGAAAGCAUAACAACUCUCGCUAGAGCUACUAUGGUGAUGUUACCUGAAUACCCUCCUAGCCAAGUCCCAACCCUCAUAGUCAUACAUGAGGUGGAACCAAUUUGGGGACCUGACUCAGAACCACCUACGCUCGUUCAAGAAAAGAAGGAGGAGGAAGUUUUGUCUAUGGCAAUAAAUGACCAUCUCCUUAAUUGUGUUAAAGACACACCUCCAGAGGAACCUGUUUUGGAGGAGAUAGAGCCCACUACCUACCCCCAAGAUUCCAACGUUCAAGAGUCUGAGGAGGAAUCUAUAGACGAAGAAAUACCUAGCACAGAGGAACCAAUAACGUCUAUAGAUAAUCAUGCUUCAUCAGAAGACUUAGACCAAAUUUUCUUUGACUCCCUACUUGACGGGUGUGACUUUGUCUGCCCGAAGGAUGGUUGACACUUAAAGAGUUGGGAUGAACUUCUGAAAAGAAUUAAGUUUAAGAAGAAGAAAUGGAGAGAUAUGAAAUGGGAAGAGGUAAAAUGAAGGGAUAAACCAAGUUGGUGUUUAAGAGAUAUUACACACUCUUAUCUUAACUUGGGGUUAAGUCUAGAACUUAAUUAAGAUAUAACACACUUAAUUAAAUAUCUAGAACCUAAAACUCACACUUAAGAUAACUACUCUUAAGAUAUAGAUUUAGGAAUUUAAAUAGCAAACACAACAAGUGUAUUACUAAAUGAAAAAUGGAAUUACAAUCUGAGUCUCACAAAAUGGCCUAAGGCCGAAAUAAAUACACACACAUAGGGGGGAAACUUCCCAGAAACAUCCACUCACAAAUCACAAGAAUAAUAUCCAUUUGUUUAUGUUUUCUCAAUGGAAUGAAAUCAGGGAUUUGGUCUUUGAUUUUCAUGGCUGGUGGCUUGUCCUUUAGUGAGGAAAAUCACAAGGAAAUAAGUGAUGAUUCUUGGGAAAUAAUGGGGGACAAAGGGGAUGGGUGAUGGUUGGUUUUAUUGGCCUUAUAUUGGGUCAUUCAUGGAAGGUAUGUGGGGACUGAUUUGGUGGGUGGAGUGUCAAUAAACUCACAAAAGUCUUUUGUCCUUUUGUUAUUGUUUAUUCAGCCUAGGUGGGAGACACAAGGGGGACAAUGGUUGGUCAAUGUUGGGGAAUAAAAGAGGGGUUGUUUU